AUGGCUUCUUGUCGUCGGUGUGACAUCAGGGUGCUGGUGGCCAUAGUGUGUGGGCUGCUGACCACCAUAGUUUUGGGACUGGGCUUCUGGAGCAUCAUGAUCAGGAUCAAGAGAGGAACAUAUGCUCCCUCAUCAAGCAUUCCUAUAGCGUUCUGCAGAAAUGGUGGAACCUGGGAAAAUGGCAGAUGCAUUUGUACAGAAGAAUGGAAAGGACUGAGAUGUACAAUGGCUAAUUUCUGUAAAAACAGUACCGAUCGAGGUUUUACUUUUCUCAGAAUUCCAGUGGGAAGAUAUGGAUCUUCCUUGGAAAAGUGUGACAAGAACACUCUGAAUGCAGGCAAUCCAAUAGCAACCCGGCUAUGCAAUCUUAAUGAAAAUGGAGAGAUAACUUUAGAAAAUGCUACAAUAGGAAGUUGCAAUGAAAAUCUGGAAAGCCUGGAAAAGCAGAUAGACAGUAUCUCUGUUGAGUCUCAAAAUAUUUCUGCUGAAGCCCAGAUUUUAACAUCUGAUGUCGGGAAAUUAACUCCCGAGAACAUCACUUCUGCUGCUAAUGUGGUUGGACAGAUCUUCAACUCAUCCAGAAAUGCUUCAUCUGAGGCAAAAUUAGUUGCCGUAACAACAGUGAGUCAACUUCUAGAUGUCAAUGAAGAUGUUUUUCAAAAAAAAAAAAAAGCUGAUAAUACCUUUGCAACUCUUAUUGAGCAAAUGGAGGAUUAUUCCUUGUCUUUGGGUAACAAGACAGUGGUGAAACCUAAUAUAGCAAUACAGUCCGUUAACUUCUCUUCAGAAAGCACUGUGCAGUCCACAGGCGUUCGCUUCACUGUGGGGAAAGGAUCUAGCAAUUCUCUUGUUUCUGGUUCCACAUCUGUAAGUACAAGUGCAGACAGCCUUGAUCCAGAUGAUCAGACUGAACUUCAAAUCUGGCUCAAUACCUCGAAAAUUAAUCUCCAGUCAUGUGGCUUUGUGGUAUAUCAAAACAGCAAGCUUUUCCAAUCAAAAACUUUUACAACUAAAUCAAAUUUUAGUCAAAAAAUUAUCUCUGGCACAGUUAAUAAAAACGAAAAAAAUCAGAGUCCUUCUGUUGAAAUGGUCUUUCGUCCACAGUAUAACGCAAAAGAAUUUCAACUCCAUUCCUAUGCCUGUGUCUAUUGGAAUUUUUCAAUGAAGGAUUGGGACACAAAUGGCUGUUACAAAAGGGGAAGCGAUAAUGAAUUCUUACGCUGCUACUGCACACAUACCACUAAUUUUGCUGUAUUAAUGAGUUUCAAAGGGAGCUAUAACUAUCCCGAAUCACUAAACACAAUAUCCAACGUUGGAUGUACGCUGUCCAUUAUUUGUCUGGUUCUCACAAUUAUAUUUCAGAUUGUCACCAGGAAAGUCAGAAAAACUUCAAUAACCUGGGUGUUGGUCAAUCUGUGCAUAUCAAUGUUGAUUUUCAACCUUCUCUUUGUGUUUGGAAUUGAAAACUCCAAUAAGACAAAUGGCAGUAACACCAACAAUACUGCUUCCAAAAGUAAUGUAAUACCCAAGAAAGACAUCAGUGUUACCUCGAACCUCACAUGCACGGUGACUGCUGCCUUGCUGCACUACUUUCUCUUAGCGACAUUUACCUGGACAGCACUCAGUGCUGCACAGCUCUAUUUCCUUCUGAUUAGGACCAUGAAGCCUCUUCCUCAACGUUUCAUUAUGUUCGUCUCUUUAAUUGGAUGGGGACUCCCGGCUGUAGUGGUGUCUAUGACAGUGGGAAUUAUUUUUUCUCACAAUAAGAAUGAUGACCAGUGGGAGUUAAAAUAUCGGCAAGAGGAAAUCUGCUGGCUGGCAAUUCCAAAGAGCAAUGGUUUUAUGACAAGUCCAUUUUUGUGGUCAUUCAUUGUACCCGUGAUCCUUAUCCUCAUCAGUAAUGUCGUUAUAUUUAUUAUCAUCGUAGUCCAAGUGCUGUGGAAAAAUAACCAGAAUCUGGCAAGCACGAAAAAGGUUUCAUCGCUAAAGAAGAUUCUUAACACAUUAUCUAUUGCAGUCAUUUUUGGAAUUACCUGGAUUCUGGCAUUCUUAAUGUUAAUUGAUAAUAAUAACAUCAGGAACAUCUUCAGCUACAUGUUCUGCCUUUUCAACACUACUCAGGGAGUGCAAAUUUUUGUCUUCCACACUGUCAAAACAAAAGUCUUCCAGAAUGAAGCUUCCAAAGUGUUGAAGUCACUGUCGUCAUCUUCUGGGAAAGUGCAGUCACUGCCAUCACUGACCCCGCUUAGGCUGCGUGUAAGGAUGUAUAACAUGCUCAGGUCACUGCCGGUUCUAAAUGAACGCUUUAGGCUGCUGGAGCCACUUGUAGUUACCAAAGAAACAACAUUCUCUGAAAGUGACCAAGCAAAUACAGGCAGCUAG